AUGAACAGCGCUAACGGAACCCUGAAGAAUUGCGGCGCAUGCACAAAAGACAUGGAACGAUCAGCCUUUUCCAAAAAGCAGUGGGAACGCAAGAAGUUUCGCCGCUGUAAAGCCUGUGUCGAGAACGAAAAUGCCUUUCAACGUCCUUCCAAAAAGGACUAUCCACGUGAGAAGAAGGAGAAUGUGAUGGCUCCUCCGCAAGCGCCAAAGGAAUUGAUCGAAGAGAAGCCUCAUGUUACUCCAGAACGUCCACCGUUGGAUCCUGUCGUGCUCGCUGAUAAGAAGGUCAAAGACGACAAGAGCCUUCUUUCAAAUCUGGAAGCGAUGGCAACCGUGGCUAAUUCCAAUGAAAUCAUUAUGAAUGCGAUUGCUGCCACGGCAGUGACUCCAAUACAAACAGACGAAGCAAAACAAGGAACUAAGGACGUGUUGGACUCUGAGAUUUUGUCAGAAACUACAAAGUCUAAUUCUAUCAGUAUUUCUGAGAAGGUAUUAUCCGAAUCCUCAUCAGUCGCCACUUCUUCAGAAGCUAUUACUUCCGGUGAUGAAAACACAGUAGCUCAGAACUCUGCACCAGUUGCCAAGGCAGACAAGAAUACAGAAGCACCACUGUCUAUCCCAGAGGAUCAGCAAGCAUCGCACAGCGCUGAUCUUUCUGAAGACGCCAAGUUAUCUGGGCGCAAAAGUAAUGGUCCUCUUGCAUCAGAUUCCCAGCCUUUGGCAGCAGAUGCUCCAAAAACGUCAUUUUUAGAAAUGGAGCCAAUUACGCCGUCAAGAGUUGAAGAAAUGGUGCAAGAACACGAUGCUAUCUUCCGAGCAGUCUUUGAGCCAACAAAUGACCAAGAAGAACACUAUGAUGAUCCCCGAUUAAUCCAGAGAGUUUCAACUGAAGACGUCAUGGACUACGAGGUGGGACCCAUAGUGAAUGUGGAACAAGAAAUCUAUGAUUUGCUGAAUAAUCCAUCAUCAGAGCAAGGUAUUCUUUUUGUGGAUGGCUCGGAAAUCAAGAUGGAUGAUGCAGAAGACUCACCAAGCGCAUCGUAUUCAGGCAAAAGGCAAUCGAAAGAAUCAUUCAUCUUUUCCAAUGUUACAAUGAACAACGAGGGACAAACUUCCGAUGCCCAUUUCGAGGAUACUACUCCUGAUCAUCCCUCUCCUGAAUCUCCCCCUCAUACUGAAACCGGGCUGACAAGAGAAAGCAUCGAGAGGGAUGCAGUCGACUGGGACCCUUCCGCCAUGGCACAAUUGUCACCGACUGCAUCCAUGCCGUCGUCGUUUCCUCCCGUACCUCCCAUUGAAGCGGAAGACGACGAACAUGAAGAUGAGGACAAUGGAGGCAGCUACGAAAAAGUGUUGUGGCAACAUUCAUCCUCAAUAACAUACGCCUGUGGGGCGUGUUUAGUGGGAGUCAUCAUCAUCGCUUUGCUACUUCCACAAGACCACACUGUCCUUCUUAUAUCAACUGGCUUAUCGCUAUUCCUAUUACUAGGGUUGGCAGGAAUCAUGCGCUUUUCACGGUCAUAUGAUGGGGAUAGUUCAAUAAAUGACCCUGAUGGGCUAGGGGAUGUGCUAGCAGUCGAUUCAUUAAGAGAACCAUUAUUAUCUGGAGCAGAUGAGGAUGGAGAGAUUAUAUCAGAUGCAGUAUAA